GUUUGGCGAAAAAGAAAUCACCUCAAGCGUUGGAUGCCAGCAGGGAGAUCCCUUAGGGCCCGUUUUGUUUAGCCUCGCUAUCCACCCCAUAAUUUCCCAGUUAACUUCUCAACUAAAUAUUUGGUAUUUGGACGAUGGGACCCUAGGAGGGAUGGCAUCUUCAGUUCUAAGCGACUUAAACACAGUUAUUAAGCGUUUUUCUGAGAUAGGCCUCAUACUCAACUUCAAUAAGUGUGAGGUUUUUGUUUCAGAAAAGCUGUCUGCCAGUGCUCAGGCCGACAUUAUUACAAGUUUUGAGCAUGUUACGCCCAAUUUCACCCUUCAAACCCGUGAAUCCCUGACCCUACUUGGCGCACCCAUUUACGAGGAUGGCAUCCCUCCAGCCAUAAAUUCCAAAUUAGACAAUUUCCAUGAUUGUUCGGACUUACUUUUUAAAAUUAACUCCCAUAUAGCCCUCUACAUCCUACGCUUGUGCCUGUUCUCACCCAAAUUCUUGUAUAUUCUACGUUGCUGCCCUAUAUGGAAAUUUCCCCGUUUGACGUCCUGUAUUGACAACACUCUAAAAAAUUCAAUCUGCAAAAUUUUAAACAUCUCAUUAAAUCCCCAAACCUGGUCCCAGGCUACUCUGCCUAUCAAAUAUGGCGGGCUAGGCAUCCGCUCCACGGGGGACCUGGCUCUCCCUGCUUUUCUCUCAUCUGUCCAUAGCACCGUCAGCCUCAUCAGUGAUAUUCUUAAUGUCAUCAAUCCCACUGAUGUGGUAGUGGUGGGCUUGGCAGAGGCAGAGUCUACAUGGGGAGCCAGAUUUCCCGGCGAGAGCCCACCUACAGAAAAAACUAGCCAAGCUGCCUGGGACUCGGUAAAUAUAAAAUCGAUCCACACAACACUUUUGAACGACAGUUGUAACCCCAGCGAGCGCGCCCGAUUAUUGGCUGUAUCUGAGCCAGAGUCAGGGCACUGGUUACACGCUUUGCCGUCGCGGAACAUAGGAUCUCUUUUAGACCCGGCCGCACUGCGUGUAGCCGUAUGCCUCAGGCUCGGGCUAAAGAUCUGCGAACCGCACCCCUGCUGCCGCUGCGGAGGCCCAGUAGAAGCCCUCGGACGCCAUGGACUAUACUGUCAGUCAAGUGCGGGCCGAAAUUUCAGGCACGCGGCGCUCAAUGAUUUGAUCCGCAGAGCUCUCGGCACAGUCAAUAUACCGGCAACCCUCGAACCAGUUGGCUUGUCAGCGGCGGACGGGAAAAGACCCGAUGGAUGCUCGCUUGUACCUUGGUUUUUGGGGCGGCCCUUGGCAUGGGAUGUGACCUGCGUGGAUACAUUGGCUCCGUCCCACGUCCAGGGCUCGUCCCGAAAACCGGGGACGGCUGCAGAAGACGCCCAACUUAACAAGUGCCGCAAAUAUGCAUUUUUAAAAAACAAUUACAUAUUUGCGGCACUUGCAGUUGAAACCUUUGGGCCGUGGUCAUCGGACACCAAACAAGUCGUUAAAGAAAUUUCUCACAAACUUGUGUGGGUGUCCGGCGACCUUCGUGCGGGGGAAUACUUCGCUCAGCGGCUAAGUCUGGCAAUUCAACGGGGAAAUGCAGCAAGCGUUCUGGGGACGAUGCCCCAGGCAACUCUAAUGUAAUUCAACUUAAUGUACCUAAUCUUGACGUGUAAUUAAUUAAAUACUUAAAUACAUAGAAAACACCCAUGACUCAGGAACAAAUAUCCAUGCUCAUCACACGAAUAAAUGCCCUUACCAGGAUUUGAACCCG